AUGACACACACUACAGAAACUCCUCUUCCAGCUAGUGGAACCUUAACCGGAAAUGUCACUGUUGUAGUUUCAAAUUUGGUUGAUGGAGCUCAUACUUACUUCCUCAACUCAUCAGAUUCACCUGGAAUGAAUCUCAUCAAUGUCAGUUUUGAUGGAACAAGUUAUGGAAAUUGGAGGAGGGGUGUAUUAAUCUCUCUUUCUGCUAAGAACAAACUAGGUUUCAAUAAUGGAACUUGUCAAAAACCAAUUGAAGACUCACCUUUGUUUGACCAGUGGAGAAGGUGCAAUGACAUGGUCAUUGCUUGGCUAUUGAACUCCUUGAGCAAAGACAUAGCUGAGAGUGUGAUUUACUCUCAGACUGUUGUUGAAGAACUUUGGGGUGAGUUGGAAGAAAGGUAUGGGCAAGUUGAUGGUGCAAAGCUUUUCCAACUACAGAGGGAACUCAACAAUAUUUCCCAGGGAACAAAUGAUAUGGCAACUUACUUUACCAGACUCAAAAGGAUUUGA